GUGGACUCCGAGUCGCGCUGGACGCUCAUGUGGCGCAUCGUGCUCCUUGUGGGGAGUGUCUCUCUCGCGAAAGUGUUCGUGACCAUGCUGGUGGAAAAGUACGCGUUCCCUUCACCGCGAGAGGCGCACCUGGCGCCGAGCGAUCCAGAGCUUGUCUGGGAUAGUGUGCCGCCUAGCAGUGUUGAUUCGCUGGUGUGGGUACCGUGUUAUAAUCAGUCGCAAUGUGCACGAAUGAUGGUGCCGUUAGACUACGCUGUGGCAGAUGGCCCUAAGGCUGGGGUCUCGCUCAUCAAGAUCCCGUCGAAAUUCUCCCCUGGCGACAAGGAUUAUAGAGGCCCAAUCCUCUUCAAUCCCGGUGGCCCCGGAGGCUCAGGCGUCGCCCUCGUCCUCAGAAUAGGUGCGAAAGUCCAGAAACUGGUUGGCGACGAAUACGAUAUCGUCGGCUUCGAUCCUCGCGGCGUCGCGCGCACGACGCCGCUCGUCGCCGUCUUCAACGAUAGCGUCGAGGAUGCAGCAUGGCGCGUGCGCGCGCUGGAAGAUCCCGUGCCGGACACGACCGCGGACGUGUCGCGCCUGUGGGCCAGGGCGCAGGUGUUUGGGAACGUCGCGAACCAGACGGCGCGUGGAUCAGUACCAUACGUCAGCACAGCGCUGGUUGCGAGGGAUAUGUUGAGUAUCACGCGGGCGCAUGGAUAUGACAAGCUGCAGUAUUGGGGAUUUUCCUACGGAACUAUCCUUGGCGCGACAUUUGCUGCCAUGUUCCCAAACCAUGUAGAACGAUUGAUCAUUGAUGGUGUCGCAGAUGCAGAGGAUUAUUAUUCUGGACUCUGGUCCAACAACUUACUUGACACAGACCUAGCUUUGCGCAUGAUCCUCGACGCCUGCGUCGCCUCAGGCCCCCUCAGAUGCGCGCUCUACGAAUCCACCACAGACAAGGUGCACACUCGCCUCACAGCAAUCUUCGACAGCCUCAAGAAGCGGCCUCUGCCGGUGUACAACAGCGAGGCGAGCAAGGAGUAUGGUCUCAUCGACUAUAAGCUCGCCCAUAGAGAACUGUUCAUGCGUCUCCACUCGCCAUACGGCGGCCUGGAAGCCGGAAAUGCAAGCUACCCGACCAUGGACCUCCUGCAUGCGCUCGCGCAGGUUGAGAAGGGCAACGGGCUGCCGCUCGCACGCCUGCUCGGCAUCGUGCCCCUGCAGGCGCCGUUCACUUGCCAGUGUUCUGAUAGCCCGCGCCCGCCGCCAGCCUAUGUCACGGCCGACGCGUUCGUCGCGAUUGCGUGCACGGAUUCCGAUCCGGCGCGCGCCGUGGACACGAUCGAGGACCUCGAAGAGCACUUCGUGCGGCUGCAUGCGAGUUCAGAGUUUGCCGAUCAGUGGCCGGAAAGAGUGUAUUGCACUGGGUGGAAGGCGAGGACUGUAGAGCGAUUCGCGGGGCCAUUUGUCGGAAACACGUCCUUCCCGAUUCUCCUCAUUGGCAACACUGCUGAUCCUGUGACGCCCCUGGCACAGUAUGCCCGGAAAAUGUCCCGAGGCUUCAACAACUCUGUUGUUCUGCAUCAAGACUCUGUGGGG